AUGCAUCUCAACUUGCCUCUUCUGGACCUGCUGCCCUGCUACUCCACGGAUGAAGAACUUUCUCUGGAUUCUGGCUACAACACGACCAAUGUCUCGCCAUCGGACCCCUCUCCGCCGUCGCCGUGGGAUGACGAAGUCGUGGACUGGACAAGUCUCUCCUUUGAACUGAACCGACUCCUGGAAGAGUCAACUCCUGUCGACAUUGAGGACAACAUCAGCCUCAGCCUGCCAGAUCAAUCCUUUCUGACCUCGGAGGACGCCUCGUUAUUGCUCAUCGCCCAGGAACCAGCCACCCAGGACGACCUCAAACGCCUGACCAUCGUCAUCGUGGGACCCAAGAACAACGUCGCUCUUCCCAUUCUCAACUGCAUGGACGUCGGCGGAUGUGGGAUUCUCUACACUUUUCGACCCGUCAUUCCCGGAAUUCACACCGUUACGAUCUGCCACGACGCCACGCAACCCAUUCGAGGCUGCCCCCUCCGGAUCCGGUUUUCAAGAAACUAUCAGCCGUCCAUUCGUCGUAUCCUCACCUGGAAUAUUUCGGACAUGGAACAAUCUUCCGAACUUCGCAACCCGUGGGGACUCUGUUAUAACACAAAAACGGAACAACUCUGGGUCACUGACCGGGUCAACCACAUGCUGAUCGUCUACCAACCCGAUGGAGCUCUGGACUUCACCGUUGGAGAAUUUGGAGCUGGACCAGGAGAAUUCUUCAGACCCGUCGGCCUCGCCUACGAUGUCCACUCGGAUCGGAUCUUCGUUUCUGACAAGGACAACCACCGCGUCCAGAUCUUAAACGCCAAGGACGGGUCAUUUUUGGGCUCUUUUGGGAGACGAGGACAUCUGGCGGGACAAUUCCUCUACCCGUGGGGAAUAGCCAUCUCUCCGGACGGAUCCACUGUCGCCGUGGCAGACACUCGCAACCACCGGAUCCAGUUCUUUGAUGCAGCUGGGAGCUAUCUUCGGGAAUUUCGAGUUGGUGGAAACUGGAAAGACCACAAGUCGGUCUUCAACUAUCCUCGUGGAUUGGCCUUCAACCUGACGGGGGACACUCUUUUCGUCUCGGACUUCAACCUCCACCAAGUAAACCAGCUUCGAUUCACGGAUGCCAAACUGACCCUGCUGCCCUUCAUCCCUCCUGGAAUCCUCUAUCGCCCAUCCGGACUACAAGUCGACGAAGCUGGGAACCUGAUCGUGGCCGACACGAGAAACAACUCCCUCCGAGUCUUCACCCCCACCGGAAUCCUCAUCCGAACCAUCACCACCAUCCACGGCCCCCUCUACGCCAACACCCGCCUCUCAACCCCCACGGACGUCGCCAUCCUCCCCAAAACUGGAUUCAUCGCCUCCCUCGACAACGAUGGACGCAUUACAGUGUUUUAA